ACUUAAAAAUAUUAUUGAAGGAUGAAUACAAAAAUCUACAGAAAAGUGUCUUUUACAAAUGACAAUAGCCAAAGAGAAAAAGAAUGCAUCAAACAUACCAUAGCAGGAUAUUUUACACUAAACAUCAGUGCAAAAAAUGCAGAUAUGAGUUAGUAACAAAGUUAAGUCAAGUUAUUUCAUGUAUUUGUAUAUAUAUGGAACAUUAAUCCAUUCCAACAUUUGCCUUUGUUUGGUUUUUUUUAAAUUUUCAUCUUUAUUUCUAUCAUUCACAAUAAAUGAAUUUCAGGAAUUCAGUUUCUCCUGAUUAAUAUUCCAUGUGCAAACAAACAAUAAUUGUCAUAAUGCAAUUCCAAGCAGGCAAAAUUAUUUCAUGUAUUUUAAUUGUUUCAAUUUUGUUUUCAGGAUGAAGACAGGCAACAUACUCCAAGUAAUGUGUUUGAUACCAAAACAGAAAGUUUAAUUAAAUCAUUACCACCUUUGCCUCCAUUAAAACUACAACGUUUAGAAAUAACAUCUGCAAAUAUUCGAAAAUGGAUGAGUGAGGAAGAUUUAGAUAAAUUAAAACAAGCAGUUAUAGAUGGUCAUGGAGAAAUGAUAUGUCGAGAGAAUUCAGGAAAUAAAAUAGUACAAGAAUAUAUUACUCAUUCGUUACCACUGAUGAUGGACAGAAUUAGUGCAAUACAUAAUGCAGUUUCACGUGAUGAUUUGACAGAACUAAGAACUCAAUUAGAUAACGAAGAAUUAGUUCCAGCUAAGGAUAAUUUUGGAAUGACAAGUCUUCAUAAAGCAGUUAUUCUUGGUCACACUAAAAUUGUGAAAUUUUUAACUGAUAAUUUUCCUGAAAUUAUCAAUAUCACAGACAAGGAUGGAAGAACAGCUCUACAUUAUGCAACAGCUGCAUCAAGAAAAGAAAGUAUUAAUAUUUAUAAAAUUCUAAUACAAGCUGGUGCUGAUCCAAAAAUACGUGACAUGCAAGGAAGGACUGCAGAUUAUUAUCGAACACACAGAAUGCCUACUACAUUGAAAUCACCAUUAAAACCAAAGACAUCACCUAAUUUAAUACAAAACCAAUCGGAAUAUCCCACAAGGCCUACAAAGCAAGGAGGUAAAUAUAAAAAUAGAUUUCAAGGAAGGACUGCAGAUUAUUAUCGAACACACAGAAUGCCUACUACAUUGAAAUCACCAUUAAAACCAAAGACAUCACCUAAUUUAAUACAAAACCAAUCGGAAUAUCCCACAAGGCCUACAAAGCAAGGAGUUAUGGAGAAAAUUACUUCAACAUUACAAAAAGGAGAUAUAGAAAUGUUGAAAGAAAUUGUCUUGGAAGGAUACGGCAAACAUCUUUUAGGGAGAACUUCAUGGAAUGAAGAUGUCAGACAAUAUUUGAAAACAUUACCACAGUAUUUAGCUACUAUUAGAUCACUUCAAGAAGCUGUGAUAGCAGGUGAUAUCAAUACUAUAGAAAAAAGGAUAAAGGAUGAUGAAAAAUUAUUAAAAUCAAAAGAUGAAUCUGGAUUAACUCCAAUACACUUGGCUAUUAUUCAUAAUAAGCCAGAAAUAGUCAAUUAUCUAACAGCAAAGUAUCCAAUUGUUUUAAAUUUAAAAGAUAUAAAUGGUAGAACACCACUUCAUCUUGCAGCACAAGAAAAUCGUACAGAAUUAUAUAGAUUGAUGAAGGACAAUGGAGCAGAUCCCAUGAUACUAGAUCAGAAAGGAAGAAGUGCUGAAUAUUAUUUAAGUGAGAAGGAAGAUGAGAAAUCUCCUCGAACACCAAUAUUAUCAGAGAACAAUAAAUUGGUAACUAAUGAAGAAUCUACAACUGAAAUAAAUACAAAUGAUGCAAAAGAAAAUAAUUUGUCAGAAGAGACAGUAUUAGUUAGUAAUACUGAUAUUUCUACUUCGGGACAAAAUGAUGCUACAGAGAAGGAAAAUAAUUCAGACUCAAAAGAAAUGCCAAAACCAAAAACCAUUGAAGAAACUAAAACAGAAUCAGUUAAUGAAAACGAAACAAAUGAAACUUCAGUAGAAGAAAACAAUUUGCAGAUUACAGAACAAGACAAUAAAAACAUUGAAGAUAAUCAGAAGAAAGAGAAAAACAUUUUAAAUAUUGAACCAGAAGAAAAGAUAAAUAACUCAGAUAAAGUAGCUACUGAUGAUAAAAAAUCAGAAAAUGUAGUAACUACAGAUUGUUCAGAACCAAAACUUCAGCAAGAUGAAAAUCAAAAUACAAAUUCAAUUCCUGAAGAAGUGCCAAAUUCUCAUAACAAUCAAGAAAAUGCAGGUAUAGAAAAACAGGAUGAAAAAAAUGAAGAAGAAAGCAAUCCACAGGAAGAUGGAAAAGAUGAAGAAGAGAGCAAUCCACGGGAAGAUGGAAAAGAUGAAGAAGUGAGCCACAGGAAAAUGAAAAAAAUGAAGAAGAGCAAUCCACGGGAAGAUGGAAAAGAUGAAGAAGUGAGCAAUCCACAGGAAGAUGGAAAAGAUGAAGAAGAGAGCAAUACACAGGAAAAUGAAAAAAAUGAAGAAGAGAACACUCCACAGGAAGAUGUAAAAAAUGAAGACAGCAUUCCACAGGAAGAUGUAAAAAAUGAAGAGAGCAAUCCGCAGGAAGAUGAAAAAGAGAACAUUCUACACAAUGAAAAAAAUGAAGAACGUACUCCACAGAAGGAUGAAAAAAAUGAAAUUUCUGAAGAUGAAAUGAACUCGACAAAUAAUCCAGAAAAAAAAACUGAAUCUGAUCAGGAAGAAUCAAAAUUUAUACAUGCAGAAAAUACAAAUACUGAAAAUAAAAAAGAAGAAUUAGAAAUUACCAGAAGUGAUGAUCUUGGUACCAACAGUAAAAUAAAUGAAACUGUUACAUUAAAUUCAGCAGAGGAGACUGCUGAUUCAGUAAACAGAACUGAAGAUAAUAAUAAUAUUCCUGAAAAUAUAGAAAGUACUGAACAAAACACUGUAGAAAAUUCAAAUGUUAAUAAACAAAUUGAAUCCAAACCAGAUGAUAAAAAUAAUACAGAAAAUCAUGAAAACUGUACAAAUGAAAUAGAUAAGGAAAGAGAAGAAAUAGAUGAUGAUAAAACAGAAAAUAAUGUAAAUCCAGAAGUUACAAAAUCUGAAGAAAACAACAAUGAAAAUGAUCAAACAGAAGAUUUUUCAGAAAACAUUGAACAAGAAGGUGAUAAAUCUAAAGAAAUACAACCCAAUACAGGAAAUGUCGAAAAGCAAGAAACAAAUGCAGAAAUAAAUGAUUUAAAAGAAAAUGAUAAAAAUAGCAUCAAUGAUCAAGAAUCUAUAAAAAUGAAUAAUGAUGACAGUAUAAUAGAAAAUGAAAAACAGACAAAUUCUUCAGAAAAUGAUGAUAUAAAAAUUGAUAACUCCAAUAAUGCUGUUUUAACAAAACAAGUGAGCAAUGAUGAAGCUGGUGACCAAAAUGACAGUGAAGAAAAACUUGACAUCAACAACACAAAUAAUGAACUGACAAAUAUAAAUUUGGAAACUGUACCAGUUGAAGAAAAUGACAAGUCAAAUACUAUAAAUGAAUCAUUAAAUUUGGAAUCAAAUGAAGAGUUUAAAAAUGAUAAAGAAGAAAUUAUUAAUAAUUCAAAUUCAAAUGUCAAAGCAUCAGUGGAAAAUUUAAAAUCUAAAGUGGAAAGUAGGAAUCAUGUGGAUGUCGAAAGUAAUCAAAACAAUAGCCAAACAGCAAAUACAAACUAUUCAUAUGAAAAUAAAAAUUCUUCUUCUAGUAGAAUUAAAACCAAUUCGGGAAUAAAGAACAGAAAUACAGGAAGUAGAAACUCUUCUCAGAAAGAUUAUCUGGAUGAUUUAAUAGAACAGUGGAUUAAAGAAGGUGAUUUGUUACGAUUAGAGCAUGUUGUCUUAGCAGGUCAGGGAGAUAGGUUAAUUGAAAAAACUUCAGAUGAUAAACAAGUUCAAGAUUUUUUAGAUUUAGUACCCAUUUAUACAGCUAAAAUUCGUGCAAUACAUGAAGCUGUCAUACGAGGAAAUCUUCGAGAAGUAAGAGCUGUCCUGACAAGAAAAAGAUUCGCCUUAAGUAGAGAUCAUGUCGGUGCUAGUCCGUUACAUCUUGCAGUUUUACACAGACAUGCAGAUAUUGUACAGUAUAUUAUAUCACAUUUCCCAGAAACAAUGGAUGGUCCUGAUAAUGAAGGACGUACUCCUCUUCAUUAUGCAGCAGUCAUACCAGAUGAAGGAUAUUUAUAUAAAAUCAUAAAAGCUCAGGGAGCCGACGAAAACAUCAAAGAUAAAAUGGGAAUGACACCAAAGUAUUAUUUAGAAAAUGGUGGACAACUCACUGUUCAAGACUUGUGGGAUUCCUAUAAAAGUGGAGAAGAACAGUAGUUAGUUAAAACUUUUGAAAGACAAACCAAAACUGAGCUUAUACCAAAUGAUUACAAAAGAUGAAUGUGUCUUUAUUUUUGAAACAAUUAAUUUAUUUUUCUGUUGUUUCUUUAAUUCUCUUUACUUAAAAUAUCUGAUAAUUGUUUCUAUGUAUAGUAAAAAGCAAUAAUAUAUAAAUUUCAGCUAUGCUUGAAAUUCUGAGAUGUAAAUUUAUAAAACAGUUUAAAACUACAUAAACAUUUUUACUGUUGUGAUAUUUAAAUGUACGAUAAUGUGAUUCAGC